AUGAAGACAGGCGGCCAUCUCCUCGCCUCCCUGGCCCUGCUGGCCCUCGCCGGGGCCCAGGUCUCCGCAGAUGCCCCAGCCAAGGACGGGUACUGCUUCCACGUGGCGCCUUUGGGGGAUGUCUUUGACGAGAAGGACUGCAGCGCCUGCCUCAAGAACAACUCCUGCUCCACCUGUGCCAACGACACCCAGUGCCCGGGCACCCAGAAGUGCUGCCCAGGAGACUGCGGCUACGUCUGCCAGGAAGCGGUGCUGAGCUUCUGCCACCUUCCCUCCGUCUGCGGAAACUGCAAGGCGAUGUUCUCCCGCUACUUCUACAACACCUCCAGCCAGAAAUGCGAGCAGUUUGUCUACGGGGGCUGCGGUGGGAACAAGAACAACUUCGAGACGGAAGAGGAGUGCUCCAAGACAUGCAUGCUCUCCGGUAAGGCUCUGGGUUCAAGAAAGAGAUGACACCUGGCUCUUGGAUGCCCCAGCCUGGACUCCAUCUU